AUGGCAACGAGCUGUCUUAUCUGGGCGCUCCUCCUGUUAGGCAUACGGGCCGUCAUCGGCUCAAAUGAUCGGGAUGGGUAUCUUCCCUACGAGCCCCUAGUACCGAGCGAGAGAAUCAGCCACCUGCCCAACAUAACAAUCAUAGCGACUGGAGGAACAAUAGCCGGCGCAACAAGUUCUCCCGAGAAGACAACGGACUAUAAAGCUGGUGUUUUGCAGAUUGAGGAGGUGAUCCGGAGCGUUGAGGAUCAGCUGCGUGGCGUUACCAAUAUUUACGUCGACCAGUUCUCGAAUAUCGACAGCAUCAACAUAAAUUCUUCAUUUGCAACCAACCUAAGCCAGCAUAUCGCGGAAGAACUCAACAAAGAGGCUACGCAGGGAGUCAUCGUGACGACCGGGACACAUUCCUUGGCCUACCUGGCUGAGUUUAUAAGUCUCGUGGUAACAAGCAAGAAGCCCAUUAUGGUGACCGGUGCGUGGCGGCCGCACGGGUCACUAGGCGCAGACGGCCCUAGCAAUCUUGUCGCGGCAGUAACAACAGCGGCAACAAGGGGAUGGAGCUCAGAAAAUCGCAAUGUCGUGAUUAUAAUUGAGGACAAGGUUAUGGCCUCCCGGGGAACCAAAAAGGAGGAUAAUCAGUUUCUACCGGGGCCGAGGUCACUGUUGGGAGAUAUCAAGGAUUCCAAACCCUUUCUCCGCUGGCUUCCAGGCCCUUGCGCCCCCGUCAAGUUCAAUAUCAGCAGCAUCCCGCCGGGAACUUCACUCCCUAGAGUAGAACUUUUGUCAGCCCAUCAAGACUUUGGCGCAGAUCUUAUGGAGGCUGCCAUCGGCCUAGGAGCUAGAGGUCUUGUCAUGGUAACAUACGGGGACGGCUACUAG